GUGCAGGAUACAGGAAGUUGUAACCUCUAGGCAGCCUGUCUCCAUCCAGUCUUGCUGAGGUGGAGGCAGGUGGCCUGUGGCCUGAAGGAUGCAGCUUUACUCAUAGAAUCAGUUCUGCUUUCCUUCUCAUUUUACUCCCCUUGUUGUUGUUCCCUUGGGUGGACACUUACUUAGGGGGACUCCCGUGCUGUCUGCUGCAGGUAACUGACGACUUUGCACAAUGGCCACAUGGAGUUUUUAUUUGGAUCCAUAUUGCCAGAAGGUACUUCAUCGAGGUAGAACUAGUUAACCUCUCCACCCCAUCUAGACCAGGGCUCCCCUUUUCCAUGUGUCACCAGCCAGGCAGAGGCAGCACCAGGCCUGUAUCUCCUCCAUGCUGAGAAAACCAAGUGAGUGGUGUCCUGAUGAGCACCCACAGAGCUGGGCCUAUAUGAAGGGAAGGGCAGGCCUGACUGGAAGGAGCCCAAAUCCAGCACCACCACCCCCACUCCACAAUGGGUAUAGUCUUAUAACCUUGCCAGUUGGGUGCCUAGGACAUUUUACAUCUCAAGCGCGUGAAACAUGGAGUGGUUAAGUAAAGUGCCCAAGGUUACCCAGAUAUGUAUGCAGGGGCUGAGAUUUGAACCCUCAGCUGCUCACUGUCAGGGCUCCAUCAUGGAGGAUAUGGAGAGAUUGCAUCUCUUACUCAACUCCAAGUCCCAUGAGCUUUCCAAGUACCCUGGCUGCAUUAACCUUUGGAGCAUCUCGGGAAAGGCUCCAAUCUGCCAUUCUCUACCAAUUAUGAAGAGUUCUCCCACAAGUUUCCAAAGUGAGGCAGCUGUGGGUCAAGCCAAGUUAGCUGUAUGCAGCUGGAAAAGGGCCCGCCCCAAAGUUAUGGUCUGAAACUCAGAGAGUUCUAGAAAAGAUGGAUGCAGUCAGAGGCAAGAUCCAAGUGGGCCUGGGCCUGGGUACAGAACCAGCAACAGUGUACAACAGCAAACAGUUGGGUACUGGACUUAGCUGCACAGGCUUUGUGUUUUCUCACUUCCCAUCUUAUAGUUGUGUGGAGAGGUAAUCAGCCAGCUUCCCAUUUGGGCUCAGGAAGGUCCCAGUAAGUUUUCCCAGGUUGCCCCUGGAACAGAGGCUGCCAGCUUACUCUCACUGAGGCUGGUUCUGUCAGGACAGCCACCAGCAUGGCACAACUGGAAGUUCUCCUUUUGCUGUGGUGAGAGCAGCUGCAAGCCCAGCACUUCCCCAGCUUGAAAAGUCGUUAGAUCAGAAUCAGCAGUAGUCUAAUCUGUUGGGACAGCGUGGCACUGCACAGGAACAUCCAGCCAUUGGCGAAUUUGGAACUUAUUAUGACAGCCAUUUGGAGGCAGUAUAUUUGGAGGAGGAUGCUCUGGGUGAGAUUCAGUCUUCAGGUAAAUAAGAGAUCUGUAGAUUCAGUCUCAUGCCAAGAAGCCCUGACAGUGGGUUGGCCAUUGUGACACUUCUCUCCUGUCCCUGUCCUUCUCCUCUCUCCCCCUGCAGACCAGUGUCCUGAAAUUCUAUGCCUGUUUAUUUGUUUUUACCCCGAGGAACCACGUUUCAUCCCCCAGCCCAGCUUAGAGCCCUGCCUUCAGAGCCCCCAAAGAGUAGAGUCUAGGACAACCUUUUCUAUUCUUUGGUGCCAGUUCCACUUAUGGACGUGAGAAUUGACAUUACACCUUGGGAAGGAUAGUUGAGGGUGGAAGUAAGACCUCUGGAGGCACCAGGAGGUCUCUCCAAACAGCAUCAGCCUCUGGUGGGGAGCAGGGGUAAAUAGUGAGAUGGGAAGAACUUUCUAGACCCAGGGAAGGCAGAGCCCAAUGAGUACCAUCCCCCAGUACCUUGUUUCUGCCUAAGCACCAGUCCUCUUCUCCCUCCUAACCCUGCCUGGCUUCCAGGGCCCUCCCAGCUUAAAGCCACCCUAGGGUAUCAACCUCUCUGGCCUGCUAGGCCUCUUAUGUGCUUGCUGCUGCUGUGGGGCUGCACUGUGGAGGAUGAACCCAGCCAAAACCCCAGCCUCUUACAGCCAUUUUUUUUUUUUCAUCUAGUCAAGACAAGCCUAAAGAGAACAGUCUCCAGUGCCCAGAUAGACUAUGUUCUUUUCUGUUGCUAAACCAGUGGUUCUCAACCUUCCUAAUGCUGCGACCCUUUAAUACAGUUCAUGUUGUGGUGACCCCCACAACCAUAAGUUACUUUUGUUAUUAUUUCAUAGCUGUAAUUUUGCUACUAUUAUGAAUCGUAAUGUAAAUUUCUGUGUUUUCCAAUGGUCUUAGGUGACUCAGUGAAAGGAACACAACCCACAUGUUGAGAACUGCUAUGCUAAACCCCUGGUUUCUGUGCCUGGGAUGGCCACCACUUCCUUCACUUUCCCUGCUCGCUGCCACCCCUAACUGCCUUCUCCUUAAAGAGGGAGGGCUCCUGAGACUCCAGGAUUGGGCUAAGAACAGUCUGGAAAGCGCCAGGAUACUUGGGGGACUCUGUCAAAUGCUGGUCCUGGCUCGGCUGCCCAUCUGAUGCUCAGCUCUUCUAAAGAGGGCACAAUGAGGUUUAGGUGGGUGGCCUUUGGGAGAGAAGGGCAACCACAACCGACGCGAACUUCCUGCGACCUCAUUCUGAGGGAGGAAAGGUCUGAAGGAGAGCCAGCUAGGGUUCUCCCUAGGGCAAGCCUAGGCAGACCAACAAGAGGAGUAAAGCAAUCGCUGGAGCUUCCUGUGUGUGCUCCUGGCAUUUCCCCAGACCCUGGCUCGGGAAGGGUCUUCCUUUGAAGUUUCCGGCAAGACCAGCCCACUGCUGUCCAAAUGGCUUGUCUAGUGGCGUAGGGAAGGGGACUGGAGGUGGGGGUGGCUGCGCCCCGCUUGGCGCCGCUGCUGCCUGAGGGUCCGUGCUUUGGGAGCUCCAGCUUUUGCGAACUAGAGGAUGCUGAGACCAGGCCGAGAACCCCAGGGGGACUCGGUGCUCCGGCCGGCUGUUUCAGGCUGGCGGGGAGCUGGAACCGCCUCGCACCGCCACUCCGCGCUGGGUGGGAGGGAGCGAGGGAGGCGAGGGGACGAGCGCCGGCUCCCCGCCCCCAUCCCACCCGGUUCCGAUAUUUAGCUGAAAGGCACGCGGCUCCUAAUCGGCCCUUUCCAGGCUGAGAGGUAGCGGCGCUCUGCCCGCUCAAGGGCGGGGGCCGGGCCGGGGGAGGCGCGGAGUCCGGAGCCUGCGAGCGAGAGAGGCAUCUGGGGCACACAGCUGCUGAGCCUGGUGGACAAGUCACUGACCCUCUCUGGGCUUCCAUUGAUCUCUACAAGUUUGGGAUUGGAAUGUUGAGGAAGAAUGUGCCCUGUUCCUGGGGGCUGGUUGCUUUCCAAUGUCGAUACUGUCUUCCGAGAAGGUUAAAGACAGCACUGUCUGUCAUGAGCCAGAGACCCCUCUGCUGCUGCUGCUGCUGCUGCUGCUGCUGCUGCUGCUGCUGCUGGGAGAGCAGACCUAGAAUUCCUAUGGUCACAUAAGAAGAGCUGCCAUGGAAGCACCAGGGACCAGUAACCCGGAAAUAGGGUACAUUGAUCACUGGCUAUAAGCAACUGAACUCAGAACUGGAUCGAGAUAACCGGCCCGAGUCAUGCAGUCUUUUCGAGAAAGGUGUGGUUUCCAUGGCAAACAGCAAAACUAUCCACAAACCUCACAGGAGACAGCGCGCCUGGAGAACUACAGGCAGCCAGGUCAGGCUGGGCUCAGCUGUGAUCGUCAGCGGCUGCUGGCCAAGGACUAUUAUAGCCCACAGCCCUAUACAGGCUAUGAGGGUGGCGCUGGCACACCUUCUGGCACCGUGGCCACGGCAGCUGCAGACAAGUACCACCGAGGCAGCAAGUCCCUGCAGGGGAGGCCGGCUUUCCCCAGCUAUGUUCAAGACAGCAGCCCCUACCCAGGGCGUUACUCUGGCGAGGAGGGUCUUCAGACCUGGGGGGGCCCACAGCCACCACCUCCCCAGCCUCAGCCCCUGCCAGGGGCAGUGAGCAAAUAUGAGGAGAACUUGAUGAAGAAGACGGUGGUGCCCCCAAACAGGCAGUACCCUGAGCAGGGCCCCCAACUUCCCUUCCGGACUCACAGCCUGCAUGCCCCACCACCACAGCCUCAGCAGCCCCUGGCUUACCCCAAACUCCAAAGGCAGAAACCACAGAAUGACCUUGCUUCCGCUCUGCCUUUCCCCCAGAGCAGCCACUUUCCCCAGCAUUCUCAGUCCUUCCCCACCUCCUCCAGCUACGCCCCGGCAGUGCAGGGUGGCGGCCAGGGGGCCCACUCCUACAAAAGUUGCACAGCGCCAUCUGCCCAGCCUCAUGACAGGCAGAUGAGUGCCAACGCAAGCCUGGCCCCAGGGCAACGGGUCCAGAAUCUUCACGCUUACCAAUCGGGCCGCCUUGGCUAUGAGCAGCAGCAGCAAGCACUCCAGGGCCGGCACCACACCCAGGAAACUCUGCACUACCAGAACCUCACCAAGUACCAACACUAUGGUCAGCAAGGCCAGGGCUACUGUCCGCCGGACACAGCUGUCAGGACUCCGGAGCAGUAUUACCAGACCUUCAGCCCCAGCUCCAGCCACUCCCCUGCACGGUCUGUGGGUCGCUCCCCUUCCUAUAGCUCCACCCCGUCACCACUGAUGCCCAACCUGGAGAACUUCCCCUACAGCCAGCAGCCGCUUAGUACUGGGGCCUUCCCCACAGGCAUCACAGACCACAGCCACUUUAUGCCCCUGCUCAACCCAUCCCCCACAGAUGCUGCCAGUUCUGUGGACCCCCAGGUCAGCAACUGCAAGCCCCUGCAAAAGGAGAAGCUCCCUGACAACUUGCUGUCGGACCUCAGCCUGCAGAGCCUCACGGCACUCACCUCGCAGGUGGAGAACAUCUCCAAUACCGUGCAGCAGCUCCUGCUGUCCAAAGCGGCCAUGCCACAGAAGAAAGGGCUCAAGAGCCUCGUGGCCAGGACUCCAGAGCAGCACAAGAGCCAGCACUGUAGCCCUGAGGGCAGUGGCUACUCAGCUGAACCAGCAGGCACACCACUGUCUGAACCACCAAGCAGCACACCACAGUCCACGCAUGCUGAGCCACAGGACGCCGACUACUUGAGUGGCUCCGAGGACCCUCUGGAGCGCAGCUUCCUCUAUUGCAGCCAGGCCCGCGGCAGUCCCGCCAGGGUCAACAACAACUCCAAGGCCAAGCCCGAGUCCGUGUCUACCUGUUCUGUGACCUCACCUGACGACAUGUCCACCAAGUCUGAUGACUCUUUCCAGAGCCUGCACAGCACUCUACCACUGGACAGCUUCUCCAAAUUCGUGGCAGGUGAGCGGGACUGCCCACGGCUGCUGCUCAGUGCCCUGGCCCAGGAAGAUCUGGCCUCUGAGAUCCUGGGGCUUCAGGAAGCCAUCGUUGAGAAGGCUGACAAGGCCUGGGCUGAGGCUUCCAGCCUGCCCAAGGACAACGGCAAGCCGCCCUUCCCACUGGAGAACCACAGCACCUGCCUGGACGCUGUGGCCAAGACGCCAUGGUCACAGCCCGGGGAACCAGAAGCCUUGCCUGAACCCUUGCAGCUGGACAAGGGUGGUAGCACCAAGGACUUCAGCCCAGGGCUCUUUGAAGACCCUUCUGUGGCCUUUGCCACCACUGACCCGAAGAAGACAACCAGUCCCCUGUCCUUUGGCACCAAGCCUUUGCUCGGAGCUGCCACUCCAGACCCCACCGCGGCGGCCUUCGACUGCUUUCCAGACACAACAGCUGCCAGUUCGGUGGACAGUGCCAACCCUUUCGCCUGGCCAGAGGAGAACUUGGGUGAUGCUUGUCCUCGUUGGGGCCUCCACCCUGGUGAGCUCACCAAGGGCUUGGAGCAGGGUACAAAAGGCUCAGACAAUGUGGGCAAAGCAGAUACACACGAGACCUCUGCCUGCUUGGGCUUCCAGGAAGAGCAUGCCAUUGGGAAGCCAGCAGCUUCACUGGCUGGGGACUUCAAGCAGCAGGAGGCAGACGGGGUGAAGGAGGAAGUGGGUGGGUUGCUGCAGUGCCCUGAGGUGGGCAAAGCUGACCAGUGGCUGGAGGACAGCCGGCAUUGCUGUUCCUCCACUGACUUCGGGGACCUGCCAUUGUUGCCACCCCCUGGCAGGAAGGAGGACCUGGAGGCUGAAGAGGAGUAUUCCUCCCUGUGUGAACUGUUGGGUAGCCCUGAGCAGAGGCCCAGCCUACAGGACCCAUUGUCCCCCAAGGCCCCACUGAUUUGCACCAAGGAGGAAGCAGAGGAAGUGCUGGACCCCAAGGCUGGCUGGGCCUCCCCAUGUCACCUCUCUGGUGAGCCUGCUGUCCUCCUGGGCCCCUCUGUGGGUGCUGAAUCAAAGGUCCAGAGCUGGUUUGAGUCUUCACUGUCACAUAUGAAGCCGGGAGAAGAUGGGCCAGAGAUGGAGAGAGCCCCAGGUAGUUCUGCCGCUUCAGAAGGCUCCCUGGCCCCAAAGCCUAACAAGCCUGCUGUGCCUGAGGUGCCCAUUGCUAAGAAAGAGCCUGUGCCGCGGGGUAAAAGUUUACGGAGCCGCCGGGUGCACCGGGGGCUGCCUGAGGCUGAAGACUCUCCCUGCAGGGUACCAGCACUUCCCAAAGACCUCUUGCUCCCAGAGUCCUGCACAGGACCCCCCCAGGGACAGGCAGAAGGGGCUGGAGCCCCAGGCCGGGGGCUGUCAGAAGGGCUCCCCAGAAUGUGUACUCGCUCUCUUACAGCUCUGAGUGAGCCCCAAACUCCUGGACCUCCAGGCCUGACCACUACCCCCACGCCUCCUGACAAACUGGGAGGCAAACAGCGAGCAGCCUUCAAGUCUGGCAAGCGGGUAGGAAAACCAUCACCCAAGGCUGCAUCCAGCCCCAGCAAUCCUGCUGCCCUGCCUGUUGCCUCGGACAGCAGCCCCAUGGGCUCCAAGACCAAGGAGCCAGAUUCUCCCAGCAUCCCUGGCAAGGACCAGCGCUCCAUGGUCCUCCGGUCUCGCACCAAACCCCAACAGGUCUUCCAUGCCAAACGGCGGCGGCCCUCAGAGAGCCGGAUCCCAGACUGUCGUGCCACCAAGAAGCUCCCUGCCAACAACCACUUACCCACUGCAUUCAAGGUCUCCAGUGGGCCCCAGAAGGAAGGCCGGGUGAGCCAGCGGGUCAAAGUCCCCAAGCCUGGUGGACCAGGGAGCAAGCUUUCAGAUCGGCCUCUCCACACGCUCAAAAGGAAGUCAGCCUUCAUGGCUCCUGUCCCCACCAAAAAACGAAGCCUCAUCCUUCGAAGCAGCAAUGGAGGUGGGGUAGAUGGGCGGGAGGAGAGGGCCGAGGGCUCUCCUGGCCUCUUGAGGAGGAUGGCCUCACCCCAGAGAGCCAGGCCCAGAGGCAGUGGUGAGCCACCCCCGCCCCCACCACUGGAGCCACCUGCUGCAUGCAUGGAGCUGGCUACACCAUCAUCCCUGCCCAGUGCCGUGAGGACCAAGGUGCUGCCACCCCGAAAGGGCCGUGGCCUCAAGCUGGAGGCCAUAGUACAGAAGAUCACCUCACCUGGUCUCAAGAAACUUGCAUGCAGAGUGGCAGGGGCUCCUCCUGGGACUCCCCGGAGCCCAGCCUUACCUGAGAAACGUUCGGGGGGCAGUCCAGCUGGGGCAGAAGAGGGUCUAGGAGGGAUGGGCCCUGGACAGAUGCUGCCAGCAGCUUCAGGGGCCGAGCCAUCGUGUAGAAACCCAGCCAGCAGGUCCCUAAAAGGCAAACUCCUGAGUAGUAAGAAACUGUCUGCUGCUGCUGACUGUCCCAAAGCUGAGGCCUUCAUGUCCCCAGAGACCUUGCCGUCCCUAGGCACUGCCCGGGCACCAAAGAAAAGGAGCCGGAAAGGCAGGGCCGGGGCCUUGGGACCCUCUAAAGGGCCGUUGGAGAAGAGGCCCUGUCCUGGCCAAACUCUGACCCUUGCUACCCAUGACAGGGCCAGCAGCGCUCAGGGUGGAGGUGAGGACAGUUCCAGUGGAGGAGGCAAGAAGCCAAAGACAGAGGAGCUGGGACCGACCUCCCAGCCCCCUGAAGGCCGGCCCUGCCAGACCCAGACAAGGGCACAGAAGCAGCCAGGCCAAGCCAGCUAUAGCAGCUAUUCAAAGCGGAAGCGCCUCAGCCGAGGCCGCGCUAAGACCACCCACGCUUCACCCUGUAAGGGGCGUGCCACUCGGAGACGGCAGCAACAGGUACUGCCCCUGGAUCCUGCGGAGCCUGAAAUCCGACUCAAAUACAUUUCUUCUUGCAAGCGGCUGAGAGCGGACAGCCGCACCCCAGCCUUCUCACCCUUUGUGCGGGUGGAGAAGCGAGAUGCUUACACCACCAUAUGCACUGUGGUCAACUCCCCGGGGGAUGAGCCCAAGCCUCACUGGAAGCCCUCCUCCUCUGCUGCCUCCUCCUCCUCCGCCUCUUCCUCCUCCUCCUCAGAAACAGCUGGGGCCUCUCUGACCACAUUCCCAGGAGGCUCUGUGCUGCAGCCGAGGCCCUCCCUGCCCCUCUCCUCCACCAUGCAUCUGGGGCCUGUUGUGUCCAAGGCCCUAAGUACCUCUUGCCUUGUCUGCUGCCUCUGCCAAAACCCGGCCAACUUCAAGGACCUUGGGGACCUCUGUGGCCCUUACUACCCUGAACACUGCCUCCCAAAAAAGAAACCAAAACUCAAGGAGAAGGUGCGGCUGGAGGGCACCGUUGAGGAGGCCUCUCUGCCUCCCGAGAGAACAGUCAAAGGCCUGGACUGUGCAGCCGGCGCUGCUGCCACGGCUACUGCUCCCACCACCACCGUCACCACCACCACAACCCUGGGGAGGCUGCCCAGGCCUGAUGGCCCCCCUGACCCUGCCAAGCAGGGCUCCCUGCGCACCAGUACCCGGGGCCUGUCGCGGCGGCUGCAGAGUUGCUAUUGCUGUGACGGUCAGGGGGACGGGGGUGAGGAGGUGGCCCCAGCUGACAAGAGCCGCAAACAUGAGUGCAGCAAAGAGGCCCCCGCAGAACUCGGUGGGGACACCCAGGAACACUGGGUACAUGAGGCCUGUGCUGUGUGGACCAGCGGGGUGUACCUGGUGGCCGGGAAGCUCUUUGGGCUACAGGAGGCCAUGAAGGUAGCUGUGGACAUGCCAUGUUCCAGCUGCCAUGAAGCCGGGGCGACCAUCUCAUGCUCCUAUAAAGGAUGUAUCCACACCUACCACUACCCUUGUGCCAAUGACACAGGUUGCACAUUCAUUGAGGAGAAUUUUACUUUGAAGUGCCCCAAACAUAAGAGGCUGCCGUUGUAAUCCCCACGUGGCCGAGCCUCAGAGGAAGAGGAGCUGCGCCCACAGCCGGUCCUUGAUCCCACCCCGGGUCUUGGUUCCGGCUGCUUCGGGCGCUGGCGUGAGGCCCGGGUUGCGAAGAAAUCCUGUUCCAGGCCAGACUUGGCGAGGACAGGCCACUGGGCAGCCAGACCCGGGGCGCGCGGCUUCGGGCGGGGUGCAAGUCCCCUACAAGUUCUGAAAACGACGUGGCAUGCAAGCUGUGCCCCUGGGAAGAGGCCUAGGGUGCUGCUGGCUCGGUGGACAACAUGGGGCAGGACCCAAGUCUUUCUGUAGAGGUCCAGCCAACGGGGGAAUGCGACCCUGGCAUCCAAGGCUUUGCCCAGAGUCGUGACAGACCUGGGCUCAGGCCAUGCGGUCCCUGAUAUGAGCUGGCCUGGGGUGGUGCCCUAUGGCUUCUGUUUGUCCCCUUUCCAGUCUUCCACCCCAUUGCUGGAGCCCGGUCUGGAAGCUUGAGGAACUGGGCCUGGCUACCCUCUAGGCAGAUGUGCAGCCAUCCCUAAGCACCGCCAUGGGUUCCAGGAACAGCCGCUCGCUCGGCUUGUGGGCAGGGACAGUGCUAGACUUCGUGUACAAACCUGUGUACCCCUCUAUAUAUAUGUUAUAUAGAAUGUAUAUAUGUUGGGAACAUGCUCGCUUCUGUGUGUCGCUGCUGUGCGUCGUGUGCUCCACAGCACAGAGCCCUAACCUGGCCUUGGCCGGAGUAGGGGCUACAGUGAUGCCCCUUCCUUGUGCAACCACCAUCACCGCCGCCACCACCACGGCCAGUCCCCACCUGUCCGUUUGUGUUCUCAGCUCUGUCCACGCUUCAAUAGGCCUGAUGCAGCCCCCCCUUCCCUGCAACUUCCUGUACAUAUGACUGUAAAAUGGUAAACGUGUGUAUUAUAUCUGGCCUCGUUAUAUAGUGUAUAUAUAUGUAUACAUAUACAUAUAUAUAAUAUAUAUGAAGACUGUAAAUGUUAAGACAACUAGUGUUCUUAUUAGUAUAUUGCUUCACACUGAAGAUUGUGUGUAUCGAGCUGUUUCUAAAAGAUGUUUAUUUUCCUUAAGAGUAAAAAAAAACCAGUCAUUGCAUUCAGAUAAAAAAAAAAGUCAAUAAAGAUACCACGAUUGUUUUGGAA